UGUGAGGCUCCUUCAGUCCUCCAGGGGGCGCUCUAUGGAGAAGUGGAGGCUCCAAUGUGGACCAAAGAGUUCCAGUGUGGAGGCCAUGAGUCUGCUCUCCUGGACUGUAGAAGAUCAGACUCAGCGAGAAGAACCUGCUCACCUGGUAAAGCUGUUGGACUCACCUGCUCAGAUCCUGUCAGGUUGGUGGGAGGAGCCAGUCGCUGUGCAGGUACACUGGAGGUGAAACAGGGAGAGUGGAGACCAGUGAGUUCCCAUUUCUGGACCUUGAAGAAAGCAGCUAUAAUAUGUAGAUAUUUGGACUGUGGCUUUGCUGUUUCAACAAGAAGCAGAAAUGGAGACUCAGACAGAUCUGUGUGGUCGAUCAGCUUUGACUGUAUUCAGUCUGAAUCUGACCAGAGGGACUGUUUAUCAUUAUCAUCAGAUUCCUCUUCCUCCGCUGUGGAGAUCACCUGCUCAGAUAAAACACCUUACAGAACCAUUUUUAUCAGACUGGCCGUCCUGGUGGCUCUGCCGUCGGCCAUAAUUGCGGUCUAUUUCAUCCUGAAGGCCAGCAGGGGGCAGAAGUCAGACCCACAGGAGAACAUUGAGCUGGAUUAUUAUAACCGUGGUGUUUCCAGAGCUGAAGGGGAGCCGGCUGAAGAGGAAGGAGCUCAGGGAGCAGAGUAGGACCUCUGAGGAGCCAAACAAACAUCAUCAUCAGCACCAACACUCCAAAACAGGAAGUAGUGAGACCUUUAUUAAGCCCACUAGAAGAAGAGCAGAGAGGAGAUCUGAUUGGACCAUUUGUAACAUAAUUACCUGUUUAUAAUUAUAUUUAGUCGUCAUUAAUCUCUCUCGUGUGAACAGUUGUAACUUUUUACUUACAGAUUUUCAUGAAUCCAGAGUUUUAUGAUCUCAUCUGG